GGGAAGGGAAGUUCUGAGCAUAGCUGAGCAACCAUAAAAAGGCCCCAUCCCAGUUAUUCCCAAAUCACAACCAUCAUAUCAGAAAAAGAACUCCUGAGAGGAACAUUGAAAACAGCACCUGAAAUCAUUAACAAUGGGCUUUUGUGUCAAAACAUUACAUGGAGUCAAACCUUUGCAUUUUUUUGCUUCUCUUCUUUUUAUUUCUUCAGUGCUUAACACGUGGACGGGCACUGAAGGCUGGUCAUACCAUCGCUCAGACGUCACCAUGAACUGGGAAAAAGCCAGAAAAUGGUGCAGGGCGAAAUUCACGGACUUGGUGGCCAUUCAAAACAAAGAGGAGAUUUCUCAUUUAAACAGCGUCCUUCCAAAAGUCACAGGGUAUUACUGGAUUGGGAUACGUAAAAUUAAUGACAUCUGGACCUGGGUGGGGACCAACAAGACACUUACUGAUAAAGCUAAGAACUGGGCAACGAAUGAGCCCAACGGGAAAAAAAAUAACGAAGAUUGUGUGGAAAUAUACAUUAAAAGAGACCCCGAUGCUGGCAAGUGGAACGACGAGUCCUGUUUGAAAAAAAAGACUGCGUUGUGCUACACUGCAUCCUGCAAAGAAGACUCUUGUGUCAGUGGUCAUGGACAGUGUGUAGAGAUGAUAAACACCCAUACAUGCUCGUGCUUUGAGGGUUUUUAUGGAGACAGGUGUGAGAAUGUUAUAAAAUGCAAGUCGGAGGAUGUCACCACACCAGAUUAUGGAAGUGUCCAAUGUUCUAAUCCAAAUGGGAAUUUCUCAUAUGACUCUCAGUGUGAAUACUUCUGUGAAGCAGGAUUUAUCCUCCAGGGUGGAUCCAAAAUGAUGAGAUGCACCGCCACUACAGAAUGGUCGAGCAAACCACCAAGCUGUGACCUUGUUCAAUGUUUAGAGCUGAUAAAACCAAACAAUGGCACAAUGGAUUGUCACCACGAUUCCAAAGGCAAGUACAGCUACAAAUCCACCUGUGAGUUUGCAUGUCAAGAAGGAUACACGUUAGGAACGUCCAGCUCCUCUACGCUGUUUUGUGAGGCCACGGGACAAUGGAACGAUUCACAACCCAGCUGUGAAAUUAUAAAAUGCAAACCGGAGGACAUCACCGCACCAGGUCACGGAAGGGUCACAUGUUCUAAUCCUAAUGGAAAUUUAUCAUUUGACUCUGUGUGUGAAUACACUUGUGAGGAGGGUUAUGAACUAAAGGGGUCAGUUACAACAAGAUGCGAGGCCACAGCAGAAUGGACAAAUAAACCACCGACCUGUGAACCGGUUCAAUGUUCAGAGCUGAUAAAACCAAACAAUGGGACGAUGGAUUGUCACCACCAUACCAGGGGUACCUUCAGCUACCAGACCACCUGCGAGUUUGCAUGUCAAGAAGGAUACACGUUAGGAACGUCCAGCUCCACUACGCUGUUUUGUGAGACCACAGGACACUGGAAUGAUUCACAACCCAGUUGUGAAGUUAUAAAAUGCAAGCCGGAGGACAUCACCGCACCAGGUCACGGAAGUGUCAGAUGUUCUAAUCCUAAUGGAAACUUAUCAUUUGACUCUGUGUGUGAAUACACUUGUGAGGAGGGUUAUGAACUAAAGGGGUCAGUUACAACAAGAUGCGAGGCCACCUCAGAAUGGACAAAUAAACCACCAACCUGUGAACCGGUUCAAUGUUCAGAGCUGAUAAAACCAAACAAUGGGACGAUGGAUUGUCACCACCAUACCAGGGGUACCUUCAGCUACCAGACCACCUGUGAGUUUGCAUGUCAGAAAGGAUACACGCUAGGAACGUCUAGCUCCCCUACGCUGUUUUGUAAGGCCACGGGACAAUGGAACGAUUCACAACCCAGCUGUGAAGUUAUAAAAUGCAAGCCGGAGGACAUCACCGCACCAGGUCACGGAAGUGUCACAUGUUCUAAUCCUAAUGGAAACUUAUCAUUUGACUCUGUGUGUGAAUACACUUGUGAGGAGGGUUAUGAACUAAAGGGGUCAGUUAAAACAAGAUGCGAGGCCACCGCAGAAUGGACAAAUAAACCACCGACCUGUGAACCUGUUCAAUGUUCAGAGCUGAUAAAACCAAACAAUGGCACAAUGGAUUGUCACCACGAUUCAAAAGGCAAAUACAGCUACAAAUCCACCUGUGAGUUUGCAUGUCAAGAAGGAUACACGCUAGGAACGUCCAGCUCCACUACGCUGUUUUGCAAGACCACGGGACACUGGAACGAUUCACAACCCAGCUGUGAAAUUAUAAAAUGCAAGCCGGAGGACAUCACCGCACCAGGUCACGGAAGUGUAACAUGUUCUAAUCCUAAUGGAAACUUAUCAUUUGACUCUGUGUGUGAAUACACUUGUGAGGAGGGUUAUGAACUAAAGGGGUCAGUUAAAACAAGAUGCGAGGCCACCGCAGAAUGGACAAAUAAACCACCGACCUGUGAACCUGUUCAAUGUUCAGAGCUGAUAAAACCAAACAAUGGCACAAUGGAUUGUCACCACGAUUCAAAAGGCAAAUACAGCUACAAAUCCACCUGUGAGUUUGCAUGUCAAGAAGGAUACACGCUAGGAACGUCCAGCUCCACUACGCUGUUUUGCAAGACCACGGGACACUGGAACGAUUCACAACCCAGCUGUGAAAUUAUAAAAUGCAAGCCGGAGGACAUCACCGCACCAGGUCACGGAAGUGUAACAUGUUCUAAUCCUAAUGGAAACUUAUCAUUUGACUCUGUGUGUGAAUACACUUGUGAGGAGGGUUAUGAACUAAAGGGGUCAGUUAAAACAAGAUGCGAGGCCACCGCAGAAUGGACAAAUAAACCACCGACCUGUGAACCUGUUCAAUGUUCAGAGCUGAUAAAACCAAACAAUGGGACAAUAGAUUGUCACCACGAUUCCAAGGGUACCUUCAGCUACCAGACCACCUGCAAGUUUGCAUGUCAAGAAGGAUACACGUUAGGAACGUCCAGCUCCCCUACGCUGUUUUGUGAGGCCACGGGACACUGGAACGAUUCACAACCCAGCUGUGAAGUUAUAAAAUGCAAGCCGGACGACAUCACCGCACCAGGUCACGGAAGUGUCACAUGUUCCUAUCCUAAUGGAAACUUAUCAUUUGACUCUGUUUGUGAAUACACUUGUGAGGAGGGUUAUGAACUAAAGGGGUCAGUUAAAACAAGAUGCAAGGCCACCGCAGAAUGGACAAAUAAACCACCGACCUGUGAACCUGUUCGUUGCCCGGUUCUUGAGAAUCCAGCCAAUGGUCUCCUUGCCUGCAAUGGCUUUUCAAGCUUUAGUUACGGAAACAAGUGCAGCUUCAGUUGUGAAGAAGGAUUUCGCCUCCAGGGGGCAUCAGAGAUCAGCUGUACAAAAACAGCAGAGUGGAGUCAUGAACCACCUCGAUGUGAAGCAGUGGAGUGCUUACAACUUCAUGAGCCUGUCAACGGACACAUGAACUGCACAUCACUGGAACCAACCUUUGGCACUAUCUGCAUAUUCAGCUGUCAUGAUGGUUUCCAGAUUCAGAGUAAUGAGAUGGUGAUGUGCAACCACAAUGGAAACUGGUCAGGGGAGGUGACACUAUGCCAAGUUCAACCUGGGCCCUCAGUACCAGCCUUUAAAGCAGUAGAAGUGACUCUCGGGGUUGCAGCCACUGUUGGGAGCUCUAGUCUGUUAUUAGCACUUUGGAUACUAAGAAAAUUGAAGAAAAAUGCUAACAUGUUUGACCUGACCAGCAAAUCUGACAUUGGGGAUCCACCACAGGUUUAUAAAAACAGUCUUGACAGUCUCAUAUAGAACAGAAGAGCAAUAUACUUUAUAGGGACUUCAUAAGAUACCCAAACAUGACCGGAAAAUAGUCUGCAUUCAUCGUAAUUUUUCUUUCCAAUGAAAGCCUUAAUUGUUUACUUGAGUGAACAUAUUGUACAGUACUACCGAAUGUGAUGAGUGUAAAUUUGCUGUUAUUAUAUUUUUGUAAAUAUUUAUUCAUUGAUGGUGUAAUAAAACUACUUGUGUGUAAACCAAUAAAUGUUGAUAUUUAUUAAAAAAUGACUCCAUGCUUAAA